UCUUCACUACUUGUGUCGACAACAUAAUCAUUUUCAACAUCGAUAAAAAUUUUGACGCCCUCUUACUCGGUACUGGACUUGUGGUGUUCGCUUCAACUUUGUCUGAAACGAUGUUGGAGGUUACGCAGUACCAUAAAGAAUCAUCAACAGAACCUUUAUAUGAAUACUAUUAUGGAUGGUGCUUUUUCACGGCUGGUGCAGCUUUUAUUAUGACGAAAAUGGCUGCUGUUUUUUCAUUGAGUGGAUACCUGAAUAGAUUUUCAUCUGUCGACGAAAUGGUGAGGAUAAUGGUACCAGGAGCGGAGAGAAAGCUUCGAGAACACCGGUUGACUGCCGAAUACAUAGACAGGCGCCUUGGCGUCGCAACGCACCAACAAAGGCAGCAAUACGAUGCCAUCUCGACGUCGGAUCGCACACCAAAAUACGUACCAGAAUGCGGACCUCUAUUGAACAAAACUCCACCGGAUGUCUGUACGACCAACAAGUGCUUAGAAUUCACAAGCGCAGACAUUAAUAGCGGUGUCAUCGAGGCAAACUUCGUGGAGACGAACUCGCUGGCCGGACAAACCAUUCCUAUCACGGUGAAGAACCAUCAUGGAGCAGUCGCUCCGGGCAUAUCCUACACCAAUUUCCCUCCUAACAAGUACGGAACGAUGCCAACCGCCGGCACGACGCUCCAUCAAGGUUUUUUGGGUGUGUCUGAACUCGGUUCCUCCAGCUCGAACAGUUCCUCAACGUAUUGUGCGCGAAGUAAGACCCUUCAGCAUCAAAACAGGCCGAAGAAAAAGUGCGUAAAAAUUGAAACUUUUCAAACACCCGAACAGUUCGCCGAUUUCGGGAAGAGAUCGAAUACGUUCGGGUAUUCAGGCAGUGCCGUAUGACCGGAUUAAGUGGGAUAAACUACGCAUAUUCUAAAGGAUACUUAAGUAAACAAAGAAAAUAAAACGAGACAACGUUUAUAUACAUGGUUAUUUGUACUACGUGAGAUUCAGGGUUCUUAGUGGUACAGUCGAAAUUAUCGGAAAUUAAUCAAAACAAAACUAAGAAUCAAACUUGAUAAUAAAACAGGAGUCGUGUUUAAUGUUCUUCUUACUUGUUUUCGGCUUCCUUAUAUCUGGCAAGAAUUUCUCGAGGUACUCCUCGGAUUUCUGCAAUAAAUUUCAAUUAAAAUCUUAACAAAGUUAGAUUAAGGAGUGUUAGUUAUAGCUGUACCUGUUGCUAAACGAUAACUUCCUCAGCGACAAAGCGAGGAAAUGAAAAAGUUAUAUGGAAUACUUAUUUUAAUUUAAUUUUUUUCUUUUUACACAAAACGUUAUAUGGGUAAUUAAUUUGAUAAAAACCCUUAUAAGAGGGAGCACAUGCCGAGCAAAUCACUGUUACACCGAAUUCGGGAUAAUAUCCCGGCUAUAAAUCAUAGCGAAUAUAAUGCGAAUCGCUCGGUUCGUCCAUUAGAUGAUUAAGCGAACAGCCGAGAUCUCAACAUGGCCGAGGAGGGCUCCGUAACAGAGUUGUAUGGUUAAUGAUCCGACGUAAAAACGCUUUUUUCCUUCUUUUUCAACCACCGGACAUUCCUCUAAGAGAGAUCGAUAUUAAACGCGAUUCUUUCUUCGCGAUUGUUUGUGUGUAUCCGGGCGAAGUAAUCGGGUAAUAAGGGGUAAUCAAUCCUGAUUUUGGCACUUGUGGGUAAUGGUAAUCGAUAACUUUUCCCGGAAAUACCAAUUGAUUUUAUACAUUAAAAACCUUUCAUGACUUCUUCCUUUUAAUUUACAAAGUUAACCCCAAAUUAUUUGUAGUACCGAAUUAGAUAAGGUUUUAAAGUGUACUUUUUUGAUUGUAACAAGAGAACCUCUUAAGCAAUUCCGAUGAAUAAUAUCUCAUUCGAAAGAGAUUCUAGGCCAAUAAGAGAAUGGAUAUUAUUACCUCGAUUUACAUUUUUUUUUUUAAAGAAUUACAAAAUUCCUGAUCUCAUUUCUUUCACGUUAACAUUAUACAGAUUAUAAGGAAAAAUUAAUUUAGAUUGAAUCGAUUAAAUAGGGGACGAUUCAACGGAUUUUAAUGUUUUAUAUCUCAAUCGUGAAUUUCGAUCUCGCUGAAUACAGAUGUCGAAAUGUCCGAUUAGAAAUCUGGAAGAAUUUUAAUUAACACAAGAAAAAACAAGUUAAUCAAAUACAUUAAUUAUCUCUUUUAAUAAUUGAAUAAUCGAAGAGCUUAUUGCUUGAACAUGUUAAGAUAGAGUAAGAUACAUUUACUCUAACUUCAGUAAUUUAAUGCUUCAAAGAACUUGUGUUUUUAACAAACAAAAGUGUUCUAAGAACAUUAAGUAAAAUCAUUUUACAAGUUUCACGUCUUCGAUUUUAUCAUUACUAACUCUCAUGUAGUAGAUUAGUAUCUAACUUUUUUUGGGAAAUGUCUUUUUUCUGUUGAGAUCGUUUAUAAACGUCGUUACUAGACAUUUUCUUGUUAACAUCAUCACCCAUUAACUGCGUGAUUUAUACAGGGUGAGUCUGAAAGAAUGGGAAAUCCGAAUACCGGAGACA